AUGGCAGAUCCGAUUGACCCAAAAAACAUUGAAGAUGACACAGUAAAAACACCUUGUGGUAAGAGGAAGAUGUCAUCAGACAUGAUUCCAGAACCGAUUAACGGCUUAAAAAAGCUUAAAGAGAGCAAAAUACAACCAGACAAGCUGUGCCAAUGCCCCCAAAAAUGUUCAGAGCGUGUACCGCAGCGAUCCAAGGAUGAGCUGCUAAAAAUGUUUAUAGAAAUGGACAAUGAAGAUGUACAAAAUACAUUUUUAUUGAAGAUUAUAAAGGCUCGACCUGUUGCGAAUCGAUUAUUUAGUAAUGAAAUGGCUAAUGGUAAACUAUUAAGAAGGAUUYAUUGCAAGUACAGAAUACCUAAUUUCCUAUCAGAGAAUUUUAUUUCAUAUUUAAAUGGUGACUCCGACAAAGAUGAAGAAUCAGACUUUGAUGAAACACCUUCAGUCACGUCUUUGAAUUCCAAAGAAGAAAAUAACAAGUUCUUAGAAAAUAAUUUAACAGAUACAUCAGGAAAGUUCUUCAAUUGUUACAACUGUGUAGAUGUUUGUCAAAAAGCAUUUAUCAAUCUGUUUGGUAUAUCAGAUAAACGUUUAAAAACUGUAAGAGAGUUGUUGAUAAUUAAAGCUCGUAAAAAGCACCUGAAACGUAUGAUAUUAAAAGAAGAAACCCAAAUAGAAGUAUCAUUAGCUAAACAUCUUGCACAAAGUUGUUUGCCGUUCAUAGGAAUUUUUAACAAUGAAGAUAGAAAGAAAGUAUAUGAUCUAUUGUUGAUCGUUAUAAAUAAUAAUAUUAAUGUAGUACAUAACUUCUUUUCCAACCAGUUAUGGAAACCAGAGUAUAUUAACUAUAAGUUAUCUAAAUGA